CACACUUUCCCUCUUCAAAUCAACUCAAUUAUUUCUUUCCACUUCUCCAUUUCAAGAAAAAAAAAACUAGUAAAACUCAAAAGAAAUGAGAAUCGGUUUUCACUCGACCACUAAAGCGGCAAACUUCUCGCCGCCGGCCGCCAUCCAGCGGUCGCCGUGGCACUCUCCUGUGCCGUACCUCUUCGGGGGGAUGGCGGCGAUGCUCGGCUUAAUCGCCUUCGCCCUUCUCAUCCUCGCCUGCUCCUACUGGAAGCUCUCCGCCGUAGAAGAGGGAGACGUGGAGAGCGGAGCAGGCGAGAAGGGCGACGGCGCCUCAGCCGAGAAGGCUCUGCCGGUUUUCGAAGAAAAGUUCUUAGUGAUCAUGGCCGGUGAAGUCAAUCCUACUUACCUAGCCACCGCUAGAAAUGCUUCAUUUGGAGAUGAAAAGGUUGAGAAUAAAGGAAAAGUUGGUGGAGAAGAAGAAGAAGAGGAGGAGAAGGUGAAGAAAGAUGAUAGAAAUGUAGUAGAAAAUGGGGAGCAGUUACAAUUGAGGCAACAAGAGCAAAACCAAUCAAGUACUACUACUAUUAAUUAAUGAAAAAUAUUUUUAGGGUUGUCGAUUUUGAUCAUUAUUUUUGCUUCUUUUGAUUUUGAGUUGUUGCUCAAUUUUGAGAUCCGAUGAAAGGUAACUUUUCUAUUGAGAUGAGCAGCUUCAUUUUGGAAUUUUUGGAAUUAUACAACUUUGCAAUUGAUCAAUUGCUCGAUCGACGUGUAA